CUGAACUGUAUCACUCCUCCAAGGUGUUUAUGCGGACUAACCGUUUUUACAAACUCCUCUUCUUGGCUGUCUUAGCCCAUGUGCUCAGGAGUCCAGCAGGACUAGCAUACUAUAUUACUAUAUGUUUAAAGCUCUCAAAUCUCUGGCGAAUCCGACACUUCGACUGCUCGAUAUGCAGUGAUAAGCGACAGCACAUGCCACCACUAAAUCUACCACUCUCUUCUGUAUUCGCGCGGCGUUGUUCAUCGCUCGGCAAGUCUGCUUUGCAUAUCUUCUCGUAUUUGAAUUUGAAAUAGGUCUUGUUUGAAUAUUCAUCAUACAUAUGAUGAUAUCUUGACGCUACUGGUGGGAAGAUAUGUUGUUCAACGUGAAGAACAGUCCGACAUUCAUCCGCAUUGUUAGGGUGACAGCGCUGCGGAAUUUGUAGGAUAUUCGGUCUCCCGGUAGUGGCAUUGCCUUGACAGGGCUGUCGCACAUCGCCACAAUGACUCUGCAGAUCCCCGCAAGCUACGUGCGUACCAGAUCUGCAUUAUCUCCUUCCAAGCUCUCGCAUCGUCAUCGUCAUCAGCGUAUUGAUGGGGCUGAUGCACUUCGCUGUCGCAUCACUGCCAGCUUAGCGCCGAGCUCAGUUCUGGUUAUCCAAUCUAUUCUCAAUUUCUCGUGUCUCAAGACCAUUAGGCCUUAUCGGUGAUCCCGGUUAUCAAUUUCGUCAUUACUGAGGGAAAGAG